CCCGAGCCUCAGCCAACCCUCCCCCCCCCCACCCCAAAGGGCAGCUGACUGAACCCCCCAACCCUGGCCGCAGCCAGGCCACGAGCCCUCUGACCCACUGGCCACCAUCCACCCUGCUGCGGUGGCUGGAGACCCAGGCUCCAUUCCGGCCACCCCCACCCUCGUCGGAGCGCCCUGCAGCCCCCCGGCCUCCUGCUCUCCCCCAGCACCCUGUGGGCACGUGCCCUGCCCUGCUCCCUUCACUGGGCACCGGCACCCUCUUCCACCACUGCAGUGCAGCCCCACUCACCUGUCCGAUCUUUGCUGCCUCCUUUGCCCACCUCCGGACUUGUCCCUGCCUCCCCGAUCUUCACCCUCCACUCACGUCUCAGCUUGGGUGUGCCUUCUCCGCAGUCUCUCGGGAGCCCCCCCGAAGUUGCUGUUCCAUCACACCACCCAGUCUCCUGUUCUUCCACACUUCCUGCUGUUCCAGAACACUUUGUUUACUCGUUUGUCUGACUUUGUCUCUCUGACUAGAAUGUAAGCUCCCUGAGAGCAAGCUCUCCACCUGUCUUGUUCAUGGCUGUGUUGCUGGUGCCCGGAACAGCACUUGACAUGCAGGAGGCACUGAAUAAACUGUUGAAUGAACCAAGGGCGCCCCGGGUUGGGGCUGGGGAGGGCAACAAGCUGGGCCUGUGCUAUAGCCAUGUCACCCUGUCACAUCUCAUCCUGUCACAUCCUGCCACAUCUCACCCUGUCACCCCGUCACAUCUCAUCAUGUCACCCCGUCACAUCUCAUCCUGUCACAUCCUGCCACAUCUCACCCUGUCACCCCAUCACAUCUCAUCAUGUCACCCUGUCACAUCUCACCCUGUCGCAUCUCGUCACUCUGUCACAUCUCAUCCUGUAGCCAUGUCACCCUGUCACAUCUCAUCCUGUCACAUCCUGCCAUAUCUCACCCUGUCACCCCGUCACAUCUUAUCAUGUCACCCCGUCACAUCUCACCCUAUCACAUCUCACCCUGUCACCCCAUCACAUCUCACCCUGUCACAUCUCACCCUGUCACCCCAUCACAUCUCAUCAUGUCACCCUGUCACAUCUCACCCUGUCACCCCGUCACAUCUCAUCAUGUCACCCCGUCACAUCUCACCCUGUCACAUCUCACCCUGUCACCCCAUCACAUCUCACCCUGUCACCCCAUCACAUUUCAUCAUGUCACCCUGUCGCAUCUCGUCACCCUGUCACAUCUCACCCUGUCACAUCUCACCCUGUCACAUCUCACCCUGUCACCCCAUCACAUCUCAUCAUGUCACCCUGUCACAUCUCAUCAUGUCACCCCGUCACAUCUCACCCUGUCACCCCGUCACAUCUCACCCUGUCACAUCUCACCCUGUCACCCCGUCACAUCUCAUCAUGUCACCCCGUCACAUCUCACCCUGUCACAUCUCACCCUGUCACCCCAUCACAUCUCACCCUGUCACAUCUCACCCUGUCACAUCUCACCCUGUCACCCCAUCACAUCUCAUCAUGUCACCCUGUCACAUCUCAUCAUGUCACCCUGUCACAUCUCAUCCUGUCACCCCGUCACAUCUCAUCAUGUCACCCCAUCACAUCUCACCCUGUCACAUCUCACCCUGUCACCCCGUCACAUCUCAUCAUGUCACCCCGUCACAUCUCACCCUGUCACCCCAUCACAUCUCACCCUGUCACAUCUCACCCUGUCACCCCAUCACAUCUCAUCAUGUCACCCUGUCACAUCUCACCGUCGCAUCUCGUCACCCUGUCACAUCUCAUCCUGUCACAUCCUGCCACAUCUCACCCUGUCACCCCAUCACAUCUCAUCAUGUCACCCCGUCACAUCUCACCCUGUCACAUCUCACCCUGUCACAUCUCACUCUGUCGCAUCUCGUCACCCUGUCACAUCUCAUCCUGUAGCCAUGUCACCCUGUCACAUCUCAUGUCACCCCAUCACAUCUCAUCCUGUCAUCCCGUCACAUCUCAUCCUGUCACAUCUCAUGUCCCCCUGUCAUCUCGUGAUGUCACCUUGUCACAUCUCAUCCUGUCACAUCCGAUCACAUCUCACCCUGUCGCAUCUCAUGUCACCCUGUCAUCCCGUGAUGUCACCCUGUCACAUCUGCU